AGCGAUCAAGGAAGUUAGACGUGUUUAGAAUAUUGCUUUGAAGUGAAAGUUAAGAACUUUUUUCGUUGCCUUAAAAAAUGAGUUACAAUGACUCGGUGCCAGAAGCAGAACAAACGACAGUUUGUCCUUAUAAUAAGGCUCAUGUUGUGCUUAAUUUUCGAUUCAACAAUCAUCUAAUAAAGUGCCGCAAAUCAUACACAGGAGAGGAACUGGAGACCUGUCCAUUUAAUUCAUCUCACAAAAUUAAUAAACCUGAGUUUUAUUUUCACAAGAAAACAUGCAUGGACAGGAAAAAUGUUUUGAACUACAUACAAACUGAUCAAACUGAAGAGCCAAAAGAAAAGAAGAAAGUCAAAGAAUGGGAUGAAGAUGAAGAGUUAAAGACAAAUGAUGAGAAAUUGAAGGAAUUAAGCGAAUCAACUGAGUUGUCAGCAACAGAUUUAAAUGACAAUAAUUUGGAUUUUGAUCAAAUUGAUAGAAAACGACAAGAAUAUAGACAAAAUAGGCAUGGAUAUGAUGAUGAAAAUGAUAAAAAGCCUGACAACAGUCUUUACAAUCCAAUGUCACAUCUUAAAAAUGCUCUCAAAUCAAACAACAAUCCACAUUUGGAUCAAUCUGAUCGCCAUUCUGUUCAUAGCAAUCAUAAUGAUGAUAAUAAUCAAAUAAUAAGCGACGAAGACAUUUCAAAUAAUUCUGAAAAAUCCAAAAAGGUUGUCAAAGAUUGGAGUGAUGAAGAAGAUGAUGUUCCUUUGAAUGUCAGCAGUUCUGGACCAAAAACCUACGAAUAUUCCCAAAAUGACAACAGAAACUAUCGUGAAAGCAGCACAGAAAGCUUCCGAAGCAAUCGAAGUCACUUCCAGCAGAAUAAAAUUCCGUCUAGAUUUGCUCAUAAUCAUUCAAACAGCCCGCACAGUUCAAAGUCUCGUAACUCUCCUUAUAAUAGACCUGAAAGUCGUCAAUUUAGGGAAACUUCAAGAGAGUCAGACUCAAAUGUGUCGACAACAAGCAAAAGUUCUCAAAAUUUUCGUCAGUGCAGCAGCUUUGAUCUUAAAAUUUCAAGAUUCGAGAGUCAAGAAUCACCUGGAAGUCGUGGAUCAUCAAUAAGUCGGGAUAGCAAAGAUUUUUCUAGACACAGCAGAAGCCGAGAGCCAUCUAAAAGCAGAGAACCAUCCACUGGGUUCAAUAAACAUCAUAUUAGACCUGAUCGUCGGAAUUCUAAUGCAAGUGGAUACAGCAGCAGAUCAAGUAACAGGGGAAGUCACCAAAAAUGCAACAAUGGCAGAUUUGAAAAGCUGAAUUCAGGUAGUUCCAGCAAAUUUGAAGACGAAUUUACUAAAAUUUUGGAAUAUAUCGAUCAAAAUCCACAAGAGAUUCCAAGACAUCCAGCAAAUGAAGAAAUCAGCCACAGUUUGAAUGAUGACAAUUCAAAUAGUCAGCCUGCAAGAAAAACAGCUACUGACUGGUCAGAUGAAGAUGAUGAUGUUCCUACUUCCAGUGCCUCCAAUUAUCGUUUACCUCAAAAUUCAUUGAAUUGCAACUCAAGUCCCCAAAGUAGCUACGUUAGCUCAACCACUGAAGCUGAGGUAUCCUUAAAACCACCAGAAACAGAAAAGAAAAAACUUCAAGAUUGGAGUGAUGAUGAAGAUGACGUCACACCAAGUUCAGCACCCCAAUCUAAUAAUUUCAAUGAUUCAACUUCAAAUUGGAGCAGAAAGACUUCAAAAUACGAAUCAGGCAGAUGGGAUGAUGAUGACAAUGUGAUUCCAAUCACAAAGUCGAAAAGAUCCAGUAAAAUGUUCUCCGAUCGACCAUCGGAUGAGGAAAUUUUAGAACGAUUUGCAAAAUUGAGUAAUUUUAAGGAUUUCAUGUCUGUAGAUUCUCAUUUUGAUAGAACAUAUAGGACAAAUAUGAAUGGAAAUAUUGGGAUAUUUAAUAUGGAGUUCUAGGUUUAAUCAAGAUUGGGGCAUUCAUAAAUGACGUUUAUUGAAUAAGCAUUGCAAAAACAGUUUAAUAAAAAUUCAAAAAU